AUGGCAACUGCCCCGGAUAAGGUGCCGGGCAGCACAUCGCCGUUGCCAGAUAGUGACUUUGUGGACCCAUCGCACGCUUGUCAAUUGUUUUCUAAUGAUGGUGCCACCUCCUCAGUGGUGCCCCACGACACAUCAGAAGGCGGUGCAGAUGAUGAGGGAUUCACGGUGCAAAUGAGUAAAAGUCAGCGCCCUUUAUUAAUAUACAACAAGAUGUCUCAAGGGCUUGCUAAUCGUGCUGUAUCUGCAAAGAGGAUGAGAAGUUUUUUAUCCAUUGAGCAGAAAUUAGACAUGAUAGAGAAACAUGAACGUGGCUACUCUGUUACUAGGCUGGCAGCAGAAUUUAAUGUCGGGAAAAGUACGGUGUGUGAUAUCAAGAGACAGAAAGAUGACAUUAGGAAGUUUCUUGCUUCGAGUGAUAGUGGUGCAUUAAAUAAAAGGAAAACAAUAAAAGGUUCUGCAAAUACGAAUUUGGACGAAGCUGUGUAUAAAUGGUUUAACCAGGAGCGCUCUGUGGGGAUACCACUUGGCGGCGACGCCAUUAAGACAGCAGGCGAUAAAUUUGCACAAAAGAUGAACAUUCCAGAUUUUCGAGUAUACAAUGCCGAUGAAACAGGCUUUAAUUGGAAAUGCUUGCAGAACAACACUUUGGCAUCUAGGCUAGAUGAGUGUGUUCCUGGCCGUAAGGUAAACAAAGAAAAAGUUUCUGCCAUGCUAUGUGCAAAUGCAGACGAAAGUCACAGAACAAAGUCUUCCAUUGUGGGGAAGUCAAAAAACCCACGUGCUUUGAAAAAUUUAAUGAACAAGCUACCUGUGGUCUACUACAGCUCUAAAACAGCUUGGUUUACUGGAGAUAUUUUUGUAGACUGGUUCAAAAAUCAUUUUUGCAAAGAAGUUAGAGAUUUUCAGAUAAAGAAGUGUGGAGUGAGACGGAAUGAUGUCAAGGCAUUACUCUUGGUUGACAAUGCCUCAAUUAACACUUUCUGCUGA